UUUCCCGCAGUGAUCUGAAGGCAGUUCCAGGGCACGGAAGCGGCGUAUGGAUUGCAACGGAGAGCCAGGAAGGGAGGGGACGUGGUCAGUGACAGCCCAGUGAAGUCCGGGAAAGAGAGCAAAGUAAGCCCCGGCCGAACUAAGCCUGGAAUACACCGGAUGCGUGGCGUGCGCGUCGCGGGUCUCAAUCCAGAAGACGUGGUCUGAUAAAGACACAUCUGAACAAAUGCAACUUUUUUUGACUCCGUCUUCAAAGGAGCCCUUGCUGUUUCUCUCCCUGGAGCUCAAUACAGUACUCAAGCCUUAAUAAGCUUUCCACAUUUUACUCCCCCCUACUUUGCAGAGAGUCAGGAUGGACAUUCAUGGAAAGUCAAACUGCUACUACAACCAAACAGUGGAGUUCUUUUACAGCCAGACUGGGAAGAACAUCAGCUCAAAUUGGGGCACACGUGACAAGGUCGUGGUGGGGCUGGGCCUCACCGUUUCUGUUAUCGUCAUCUUGGCCAACAUCCUGGUUAUGACUGCCAUCAUAAUUAACCAUCGGUUCCACUAUCCAAUCUACUACCUCCUGGGCAACCUGGCUGCAGCAGACCUUUUCGCUGGCUUGGCUUACCUGCACCUGAUGUUCCACACGGGUCCCUGGACCAGGCGGCUCACGGUAUACAGCUGGUUCUUGCGGCAGGGUCUGAUUGACACCAGCUUGACCGCAUCCGUGGUGAACCUGUUGGCUGUAGCGGUGGAGCGCCAUCAGUCAGUGUUCACCAUGCAGCUUCACAGCAACAUGAGCAAGAGGCGGGUGCUAUCCCUCAUACUGGGAAUCUGGCUGGUGGCGGGGCUUUUAGGGCUGGUGCCCAGCAUGGGUUGGCACUGCUUAUGCCACCUGUCUGACUGUUCCAAGAUGGCGCCGCUGUAUAGACGCAGCUACCUGGUCUUCUGGGCUGUGCUCAACCUGCUCACAUUCUUCAUCAUGUUGGCCGUCUACACGCGCAUCUUUGUGUACGUGCGCCACAAAAGCCAGUGCAUGUCACAGCACACGAUGCAGGUCAAGCACCAGGAAACAGUGGUUAACCUUAUGAAGACUGUCUCCAUGAUCCUGGGUGCAUUUGUGAUCUGCUGGACCCCUGGCCUGGUACUCCUGCUACUGGAUGGGCUCCACUGUGAGGCUUGUCAGGUACUGAGAUAUGAGAAGUAUUGCCUGGUUCUGGCCGAAUGCAAUUCGCUGAUGAACCCCAUCAUCUACUCAUACCGGGACCAAGACAUGCGGCAAACCUUCAGACAAAUUCUGUGCUGCUGGUACUGGCGGAGACAGCGCAGCCGGCGCCACCAGGAGGCGACACUGGGCAUCCGCUUCAACACCCAGGAGGAGGAGGUACUCUCCGUGAAGCUUGUCAGAAACAAGCACACAAGCUCCAUGAACAAUGGCACCAACAGCAGUGAGAUGCUCUCCUUCUCAGAGGGCUGAGCCUGUCCCUCACUUGGAGGGUGGUCUCACUGGGCUCCCCUGCCCUGAGGAACGUGGCCUCAUCUUCAAAAGUAGAACUGUGUCCUGUACUGGCAGCCCCUCCCCCGUGGAGUGAAUGCGAGGGCCAGCCCCAGCAGAUGCUUCCGUAAAUAAUGUAAGAGCAUUCCGCAGAAAUUAUUUGUAUGUAAAAUACACAUUUCAGCAAGUGUGAAGAGGCACUUCUCUUAUAAUGAGGUACUUAAAUAAAGUAAAACUAACUUCUGA